ACAGUCUGUCUCCAGUAGCAGAGAACCACCUAAAGAGAGACUUCUGUUUUUCUUUUAUACAUUACUCUUAAUUUUUUAUUAUAGUAAAAAAAUAGCUUUUUUUUAUAUUUUUUGACUGGUGGUAGUUUGUGUCUUGGUUCAUUUUAUGUUUCUUAAUCUCAGAAAGAGAACAUUUGCUAAAUGGGUAUUUUCUACUUUCUGUGUGGCUUAGUUGUCUCUGGAGACAAGCUCCCUUGUCUGCCUGCUUCCCUCUCUUGUAGUGUACAUCCCCACCUGGUGGAAGCUGCUGCUACUGCUGCUGCCUUAACUACUUUCCUGUCAGAGCUGGGGAAUCUCAGCUUAGGUUUUACCAAGUACAGAGACGUCCUGGAUGCUCCUUAGUCGUGCUUUCCCAUAAGUUAGCAUAAGCAGGCCUAUACUUUGAAGUUCAUUUUUAAGAAUUGAUAUUUGGAAAAAAAAAGAAUUGAUAUUUGGGUUGGGGGGCAUACAGAAGAGAUGGCUCAGUGGUUGCUGCUCUAGUAGAGGAUCUGGGUUCAGUUCCCAACCAUUUGGUGGCUCACAAGUGUCUAAGGGUCCAGGGAAAUCUGAUUCCCUCUCUAACUUCUACAAGGACUGCAUUUAUGUGCAUGUAUAUAAUACCUACAUAUAAACGUACAUACAUACAUAUACACGUACGUACAUGCAUACUUAAUUAAUUACAUGUAUUAGGCAAACAUAUAAAAAUAAAGUCUUUUUUUUUUUUUUUUUUUUUUUUUUUGGAGCUGAGGACCGAACCCAGGGCCUUGUGCUUGCUAGGCAAGCGCUCUACCACUGAGCUAAAUCCCCAACCCCAAUAAAAUCUUUUUUUAAAUGUGCUUUUAUUUUCUAUGAAUGGGUCUUUUUUCAUGUGGAUGUUGGGAAACAAACACCUGUCCUAGAAGAACAGCAACAACUCUUAUCUGCUGAGCCAUCUUUUUAGGCCCAACUUCAAAGUUUUUAAGGAUUGUUUUCCAUGACUCUAACCAGAGCUGUACAAGAAAUCUUUCUUGCUUUAGAAUGUGACUAAGAAUCAUCGUAGUGUAUGUGUGUCCAGGGACACAUAGAUGCUAAACUUGUGCACUCACUCUCUUAUGGUCUCCUUGAUUCAAAAAUGAAAUGGUUGACUUUAUGCUGAGGUUAGGUAUUAGUCUUAUCUGUGUACUCUUUGUUCUCUUGAUUUGUGUAUUUGUGUUCUUCCGUUUAGCUUUUCAAGUUAAUAGCUUUCUAGGUUGUUUCUUCAGACCUAUAUGAGGGACAAGCACCUACAGGUACUGUUGUCCUCUGUUCAUUAUUUUGCCACCAUUUUUACCCCAAGGUCUUUUUAUUUUAUUUGUAGAGGGGCAGGGCUUUAGUAAUUUAAUCAUCUGCAGAGUGUUCUUUGACGCUUUGUCCAGUACAGGAUGUUUUACUCUUAAGCCUUGCCAACUUUCCAAAUCCCCAUUAUACUCUAGUUAGUCGUGCCUCUAAGAAGCACUCCUUGUUUAAUGACUGUCUGUUAUUUAUUAUGAGCAUAGGCUCAUAUCCCUAGCAUUUAUUUAAUACCCACUUUUCCACACACACGUAAACAUGAUUGCUUCUAUAUUGGAUUAUUUGAGCGCCAUUUCAGGAUGCCCACUGAGUUUCCAUUUUCAAGCUAGUGUUUAAAUUCUUUAUCUCUUCCAUGAUUGUAGAUUAGGAGAUGGUGACAUGGUUUUCUAUCUGCCCCUUCAGCUAUUCCAUUAAUGUGACAAAGAAUGAAGGUUCUGCUUUCACAAAAUUGUAUUACUCAUUUCUUUCUGAUGUUUACACCCCUUAUUUCUCAAGCGGAAUCUAUUGUGGUUGUUUUAAUCUAGAAUCCUGGAACUUUGAAUUCCUCAUUUUAUAUGCAAUAUAGUUACCUGUAGCUAAUUAAUAUACUCCAAAUUGUGACUUAAUUUAAAAGCUCAUGGAGACAGGGAUCAACAAGAUGGCUGAGCAGUGUUGGCCAUCAAGUCUGAUGACAUGUGGGUUUAAUCCCAAGAACCAGCACAGUAGAAGGAAAGAGAACCAACUCCCUCAAGUUGCCCUGUGAUGUCCAUAUGUACACUAUAGCAUGCACACAUACACACAAUAACUAUUAAAUAAAUGUAACAAAUGUGUUUUUAAAUGCUUUUAAAAGUCUAUAAAGGUAAAGUAUCUGCUUUGUGUAUAGCCACACUCUAUGCAGAUCCUGUAAGUAUAGACUCAAGUCUCUAUUAAAUAUUUAAGUCAGAUUUCUGCUCAUCUACAUGAAUUGCCAAAAAGUAAUGUUGCAGUGCUAGGUAUGAUGAUGCAUGCUUUAAUCUCAGCAUUCAGGAAGCAGAGAUAGGUGAAUCUCUGAGUUCAAAGCCAGCUUGGUUGGUCUACUUAGCUCGUCUAGUAGAGCCAGGCCUGCGUAAACAGACCCGAUCUCAAAAACCCUAGACAACCACAGUAAUAAUUUUUCCUGGCAGCCCCGUCAACCAGCACAUCAUGUCUUUAAUACUAGAACUUGGAAGGCAGAAGUGACGAUCUCUGAGUUUGAGGCCAGCCUGGUCUACAGAGCAAGUUUCAGACAGCCAGGGCUACACAGAGAAACCUCGUAUUGAAAAACCAAAGGAAAGAAAAGGAGGGAGGAGGAGAGAUUGCAUAUAUUCUGCAUAAGCGUAGAAGAUCCACGUGAUGUCUGAGCACGCCUCUCUCCAGUGAAUUAUCACAGACUUGUUGGCAACGAUGUUUUGUCAUUGAUAUCCUUGAAUGUUUCUUUAUUUUUCUCUAAAGCUUAUCUAUUGGUGAGCUCUCUUGGGUGGGGCUGUCAAUUAAGCUCUGCCAUAUAUCCCUAAUUUGCCAUCAGUUACAAUUCAGCUGCUUAAUUAGAUGAUUUUACUUAGACCUGCUCGGUGGUAGAUUUUUGACAUCACUUGUGAUUCUACUGUAGUGAUUAAAGCUAUGUGUGGCUUUAAACAAAUCAUUUCUGUGACCUUCAUUUCUCUUUGUCACAUGUGGACCGUGGUGCACAUGAGUCUGGUUGGGUGAAUCUCUUGGGAGCUGUUUCCCAUAGUGCCUGACCUACAGGCACUUACUAAACACUGGAGCUGUUGACUUUGGCUUUCUACACUGGACUCUGGCACUUACAGUUUAUAGGUACCAUGGCUUCAUUAUCCGUUCAUCAACUGAUGGACAUCUAAGCUGACUCCAUGUCCCAGCUCUUGAGAACAGAGCAUUGAUGAACAAGGACAAGCACUUGUAUCUCUGUAGUCGGCAGCAGGCUCCUUUGGGUAUAUAGACCAGGAAUGGUCUAACCGGGCCAUACAGUAGGUCUGUUUAUAGUUUCUGCAAACCACCGUACUGAUUUGCAUAGUCAGCCCAGCCUUUUACACGGAUUCUGGCCAUCAAAACUCAGAUACUCAUUACAUUGAGUCUUUGUCAAUACUGGAUCCUCACUGGAACUCCUCUCGAAUAUCCAUCCUGUUAUUGCCCUGUGUCAUGGAGAUCCUACAAGCACAAUUUGUAUCUGCAAGACCAAUCCCUUCCAGCAGUUCAUAGAUGAAGUAGAUGUUAUGGGAAGAGCCAAAGCCCUCUAUCUGGGCCUGGAUAACAGCUGCAUUUGCCACACCACCAGGUGCGCUGACAGAGUGCUACGAUGAGCUGGGGAACCGGUACCAGCUGCCAGUCUAUUGCCUGGCCCCGCCCAUCAACAUGAUAGAGGAGAAGAGUGACAUAGAGACUCUGGACAUCCCCGAGCCGCCUCCCAGCUCUGGGCACGAAUCUCAGCUCCGUCUGCGGCUCUCCACGGGCAAAGACCUCAAGCUCGUGGUCCGCAGCACAGACACCGUGUUCCACAUGAAGAGGCGCUUACACGCCACGGAGGGUGUGGAGCCAGGCAGCCAGCGGUGGUUCUUCUCCGGCAGGCCUCUCACUGAUAAGAUGAAGCUGGAGGAGCUGAAGAUCCCCAAGGACUAUGUGGUGCAGGUUAUAGUGAGCCAGCCUGUGCAAAACCCAGCCCCAGUGGAGAACUGAGCUGGCCUGCCUUCCUCCGCGGUCCCUUGGCUCCGCUCUAUUGUUACCAUUUCCUGCUCGAAGGCGUGAAAUUUAUUUUCACUGCUCUGGAUUCCCUAUGAGUGGAUUUAGUUCUGAGGAAUUACCAGUGAAAACUUCCAUCUGUGAUGGAGACCAACAAAAAUAAUAAAACACAGAGCCAGCCUCUGGUACUCUUAUAAUUACAAUUUCUAAUUUGAAAGACAGUUAAGAAGUAGAUAACCAUUUAUUUUAAAAACAUGUAUCAACUCUGUAAUGGCUGUAUUUAAAUGAUUUCGAAUGUAAACAGACACUAAACCCAUCAAAAACAGCACCAAGCACCUUUUGGACACAGAAUUUUUUACGACAUAUGUCAAAUUAUUUUUUCCAGAACCAUCAGUAACAGUUAUAAAACUUAAGUUUUUUUUUAAGUGGAACCUAAAAGCAUAGGGUUUUGCUUCUCUUCUGGGUACGUAUUCCUACUCCACCAGGAAGCAGUUGUCAGUAUGGCUUCCCCGCUGCCUGCCCACCAGGGUCGGCUCCUUAUUCACAGCCACUCAAUCCUGUGACCAUCACACUGGCAGAGGCACCCAAUGGAGCACUGGGCAGUCAUUUAGUAGGUAGUUGGAGCUCUCGCUCUCAGUUGAGAGCUCUCUAGUCUUGAUGCAUAGGAAUUUUAAAAUGUCUGUGGUACUACCCAGGCUUGACAACUAGCUACUACGUAAUGCCUUUGCUGAUCUGCCACUCUUCGUGACCAUUUUUGUAGCUGCCUGGCCCUGCCUAUAUAUUUCUGGGCCAGACAAGACAGAAAUGGAGUAUAGCUACUUCCAGUCCAGAAUAAAAAGCAGUCCUCUCCUUCCUACCUGCAGGGAAUGUGAGUAAAACCCUCUCUGCCUGUUCCUGGGAAAACUGUGCCUAUUCUCAGCCUUGGAGAAAACUCCAGUUCAGAUUUUUCAAGUGUGACAGUUAACCGGUGUCAUUUAAUCAGUGUUGGUGGGAACAUAUGUUAGCACCUGGCCCUAGACUGGAGUGUUUUCAUUUCACUCUGAUUCCAGUCACAUCACACCUUCCCAACAAAGGUAAAUUAACCGCCAUCUGCACACCAGGCUAAGGGAGCAGAGGGAAUCAGGCUGACCUCCUCUGGAGCCUCUGAAAGCUUGUUCUUGCCAGGCAUGGUGGUGCCUGCCUUUAAUCCUGGGCCUUGGGAGGCAGAAAGAGGCAGCUCUUAGAAUGUGAGACCAGCCCAGAGUACAUAGCUAGUUCUAGACCAGCCAGAACUACAUAGUAAGGCAAUGUCUCCAAAAAAAGUUGGUUCCCUGAGAAGGGGGCUACCGUGUGAGCACACUGUCUCUGAGAGUUUGUAAGAUGUAAGCAGGAAAUGAAGGCAGGUUCUGUGCUCUUCUCAGUCAGGAAAUACCAAACCUCCAGUGUGUAUUUAGAUGUCAAACGCCACAAAUAAGUUCUAAGUAGUUUAAAAUGUAAUUUUUGAGUGGUAUUAAAUUUCCUAUAGCCUGUUUAAAUCUAUAAUUUAACUUACCUUUCUGAGAACUCUAACCAUUUCCAUUUCCCUAAUUCUGUUCAUCAUUUAAAGUUGUGACUGUACCUAAUUUAGAUCUGAUGGGACCUUGGUCUAAAUUCAGAAGUGCACAGCUUUAGCAGCCAAGGAGGGCGCUCACUUUCCACGUGGAGGCUCUAAGGUCCUCCAGGGCAUCCCCCACCAUCAGCAGGUCGGUUCAUUUGUCACACUGAAUAACAGUAUCUCAGAUUCCAUCAGUUGGUAAAGUGUUUAAAAAACCUAUUAUUUUUCUAAAGGAAAUUUGAUGGUGUCAUGAAUAACCUGAUUGUUUUAAAAGGUCUUGUUUGUUUCCUGAGAGUUUGUCCUAAAAGGUUUUUGUUUUUUGGGUUUUUUUUUUUUUUAAUUUUAAAGGAACAUAUACUUUGAAUAACGAUCCUCCAGGCGUGGUGAGAAAAACCUAGGUGCUGGAAAUUGUCAAUAGGUUAAUAACCUAGGUGAGAAAAAACAUGGUGCUGGUAAUCGUCAAUAGGUCGAUGUAAGACUGGAUCAAUACUUGAUGUGUAUCAUUAUAGUAUGUAGGGGUUUUGUGCUUUUUUAAAAAAAAAUUCAACUUUU